AUGUCUGGCUUCGGCGACUUCACCACAAUCUGCGAGACCGCGCCUCUGCCACUAUGCGCUGCCGUCGGACCUGUCCUUCAGGCGACUGGCCGUACCGGGAUUGAGCCAGAAUGCUAUGCUCGCAACAUCGAACUUGCCAACACCAUCAUCUUUGAGGGUGCUACGGCUGUGAUGCACAUCGUCGCUCUCGUUAUGACUGUCAUCAUGAUUCUACACGUUCGCAGCAAGUUCACCGCUGUUGGUCGCAAGGAGAUUCUGAGCUUCUUCUACCUCUACAUGCUGCUAUCUGCUAUGUCUCUUGUUAUUGAUGCUGGUGUGGUACCUCCUGGGAGUGAUCCAUACCCGUACCUUGUCAGUGUGCAGAACGGUUUUAGUAGCGCGGUCAUUACUUGUCUUCUCAUUAACGGCUUUGUUGGAUUCCAAUUAUAUGAAGAUGGAACGCCCCUUUCAGUUUGGAUGUUGCGAAUUAGUACUCUAGCUGCUUUCACCAUUAGCUUUCUUGUUUCACUCGCUACUUUCAAGAGCUGGGCCGGGCUUAGUCCCACCAACACUGUUGGAUUGUUCGUUGUUCUUUACCUCCUGAACGCGAUUCAGCUCUUUAUUUACGUGGCCAUGCAAAUUCUGCUCGUUACAAGAACCCUACAGGACCGCUGGCCCCUCGGAGAUAUCGCAUUUGGUAUCUUCUUCUUUGUCGCUGGCCAGGUGUUCCUUUACGCUUUCAGCUCCAAGAUCUGUAACGCUAUUAGCCAUUACCUGGAUGGCCUGUUCCUCGCGACCGUCUGCAACCUGUUGGGCGUCAUGAUGGUUUACAAGUACUGGGAUUCGAUCACCAAGGAGGACCUCGAAUUCUCUGUUGGCACCAGGAUGAACAACUGGGAGGUCAAGGAGCUGCUGCCAGAAGAGGAGCGAAGGGCCACUGUCUUUUCAGAAGACCCCUACGGCCAAAACAGCUCAUACGAUCUGCCUUACUCGCCAGGCGCAGCGCGCUACUCGGCCAAAUACUAA